UUGGCAAAUGUAAACGGUUUGUGAAGCAGAAGAAUAGGAUUGAGGGAUCUAUAUGUGAGGCCUAUCUCGCUGCGGAAACCUCUCACUUCUGUUCUUAUUAUUUUAAGAAACACAUUCCGUGUUUGAGAAAUAGGCCAACUCGAAACGAUGAAGGUGAGAAUGAUCCUUUGGCCCCGCCAAAAUCCAUAUUCAAUCGACCAGGUCGGGGUUCUAAAACUAUUAAAAGAAGACUCCUAACUGAUAUGGAGAAAAAAUCAGCCACAACACAUGUAUUGAUGAAUUGCCCGGAAGUUCAACCAUAUUAUAAAUAGGUUUCAAAUUAUAUUAUUGAUUUUUUCAAAAUAAUCCAUACUAAUAUGUCACUGACAAGCAUUAAAUGUGUUGGACAGUUUGUUCAUGGGUAGGUAUGGCUAUGCUCCUGUUUAUUCCAAGUUUAGCGAGUGGUUCAAAUGCUAUGUCCAUGAUCCAAAUAAUGGCAUAGCUCACCAAUUUCUGAAAGAUAUAGCUUGGGGACCAGACCCUUAUGUCAAAACAAUGAAAAAAUACAAUGUCAAUGGUUACAAAUUCCGUACUGAAGAAAGCUCCAAGCAUUAUAAAAGCAAUAAUAGCGGAGUCUGGGUUAAAGGGGACACUAACAAUCAGGAUGGAGAUAUUGAUUAUUGUGGUGUGCUCCAAGAGAUUUUAGAACUAGAGUAUCCUGGUUGGCCAUACAAAAAAUUAAUACUUUUUCGUUGUAAGUGGUUUGACCCAACACCAAAAACUGGUACAAGGAUAGAUCCACAUUACAAAAUUGUUGAAGUUAAGCAUACAAGGCAGUAUGGAAGCUAUGAUCCUUUUGUCAUUGCAUAAAAUGUCAAGCAAGUGUAUUAUGCUCCUUAUCCAUUGCGUAGGGAUAAAUCGGAUUGGUGGGUUGUUAUUAAAACAAAGCCUGUGGGUCAUGUGGAAGUCGAGAAUACUUUGAAUGUUGCAUACCAAAAUGACAUAUCGAGUGUUCAAGAAACAGUGGACAGAGAAUUAGAAAAUGAAUUGGAGCAUCCUGACAGCAUAUAUGAAGAAAUUGAUCUCGGGGAAGGAACUUCCAUGGCAAAUGAAGAGGAAUAUCUAUCUGUUGACGAUGAGUACUCUUCUUAUGAGGAAGAUUCAGCAAACAGUAGCGACACAAGUGAAGAGGAAGAAUUACCUGUUGAAAAUGAAAUAAGCGAGGAGGAAGAAUUACCUGUUCAAUAUUAUUCUUCUUAGUCCCGAGCCCUAAACUCUCAACCCUAAAUGUUCUUUGGACAUGGAUGAAACCUUGUUUUUCGUUUGCAGGUUCGGGUUCAGGUUCUUGUUUUUGUUUGUGCUUAUGAUAAAAUGGAUGUUUUUCCAGUGGCACCAGUAGCAGUAGCAGUGGCUUCAACUUCUUUUUCAAUGCGAGUUAUUUGUUUUGGUAUUCUUAUUAUUGUUCUUGUUUUUUUUUUUAAGAUGCCACCAAGUGUUGGUUAUUAGUAAAUUAUUUUUGAGAUGCUAGAGAAAAAUUAGGUAGUCUUUGACUUUUUUUUAGUAAAAGUUGUUUAGUAAUUUUCUGCAUGCAGACUAGUAUUGGUGUUGGAUUCUCAUAGUUUUUUUUUCAAUGGAAUAAACUUCAAUCUCAUUAUGCAGUAAUUAGCUAAUUAUAGUGAUGCUAUAUGAAUAUUACUCUUCUAAGAAUUGGAAUUUUAGGAAUUCACUCUACAACUAAACAUAGUCAGCAUAAUAGUUAAGAUAUCUAACUGUGUUAUUAAUUAGUCAAAAUAAUCCAUAUUAAUUCAAUGCCUAGUUCUUGCCUUCACUAUUGCUAUUGUUGCUGUGCUGUUGCUGAAAAAGAAAGACCAGAACAGUUUUGUCAUCGCCAGUUGUGGUUCCCUUCUUUCUCUCUCUUUUUCCCCAUAAUUCUAUUUAUUUUUCUUUUGAAAUCUAUGAUUGAAUUGGUUUGGUUUUUUCAUAAUGAACUGGUUUUGUUCUUUGAGAUUCCAUUCAUCCUCGUUUCUCUGCUUAGGCAUUUGUUUUCUAAUUCUUAAAAUCUUUGUGUUUUUUGUUUUGUUGUUGAUUAACGAUUCCUUUAAUCCCUUUUCCGGUUGUUCCCUGCCUUUUAUGUGAUUAAGGAUUUUAUUUGUAGACUAUGGGGAACUGUAUAUCAAAUUUGGUUUAUUUACUUGAUCACUAAAGCUGUGUAUUAGAUGUAGAAUUAUUCUAUGCAUCUUAAAGUAUUGAUGUGGAUUUGUUAUCUGUACAUGUAGAUGGAAAAUGAACAUCGUAGAUGGAUGUAUGAUAGGGUGUUACCUAAUCGGCGGGGGUUGAGGGAUGAAUUUAAGCAAGGCGUUGAGGGGUUUCUUAAUCAGGAAAAUUUAUUUUGUCAAAAGGACGGGACAAUUAGGUGUCCUUGUGCAGAUUGCAAUUGUAUAGAAUGAGUUAUUCCUAUCUA